AUUUAAUGUUCCAAUUUUUCUGAUGUGAGAUUGGAAAUCCAAAAUUGAGGUGACAUGUGCUGAGUUCUGUGCAACUUUGUGAAAACCUUGCUCAAGAGCUGUUGGAUUUAUUGAGAGCAUGAAGAAAUUCCUAACAGACUAUGUAAUUUUUCUACUUUCAGUUGAAAAAUAUUAAUGUUGGAAAAAGAGUUAAUUCAGAUUCAGAAAUGUGUAUGCUAUGGUUAACUGGUUCCCAUCCUCCAAAAAUCUGUUUUCCCAUGGUGUAAAGCUUAUUCAGCAUCGGGAUAAAGGAUAACGACUCUAUGGAUAUACAGAAUUCUUCACCAUGGUAAAACUCGCUAACCCGCUGUAUACGGAGUGGAUUUUGGAGGCAAUCAAAAAAGUGAAGAAGCAAAAACAGCGCCCUUCAGAGGAGCGGAUAUGCAAUGCAGUAUCUUCAUCCCAUGGUUUGGACCGAAAAACUGUCCUGGAACAACUAGAAUUGAGUGUUAAAGAUGGAACUAUAUUAAAAGUCUCCAACAAAGGUCUCAAUUCCUACAAGGAUCCUGAUAAUCCUGGGAGAAUAGCACUUCCUAAACCUCGAAACCAUGGAAAGUUGGAUGGUAAACCAAACGUGGACUGGAAUAAACUAAUCAAACGAGCAAUUGAGGGCUUGGCAGAGUCCAGUGGUUCAUCCUUGAAGAAUAUUGAACGCUUUUUGAAAGGUCAGAAGGAUGUGUCCACAUUGUUUGGAGGUAGUGGUACCUCCAUCUUUCACCAGCAAUUGCGACUAGCUGUCAAGCGUGCUGUUGGCCAUGGCAGACUCCUUAAAGAUGGACCUUUGUACCAACUCAACACUAAAGCAGCCAUCAAUGCUGAGGGGAAAGAGAGCUGUGAGUCUCUUUCCUGUCUGCCUCCAGUGUCACUCCUUCCCCAUGAAAAGGAUAAGCCAGUUGCUGAACCAAUCCCAAUCUGCAGUUUCUGCCUUGGUACAAAAGAACAGAAUCGUGAGAAGAAACCCGAGGAGCUUAUCUCUUGCGCUGAUUGUGGCAACAGUGGUCAUCCGUCCUGUUUGAAGUUCUCUCCAGAGCUAACAGUUCGAGUGAAGGCCUUACGAUGGCAGUGCAUCGAGUGCAAAACUUGUAGCUCCUGUCGAGAUCAAGGCAAAAAUGCAGAUAACAUGCUGUUUUGUGACUCGUGUGACCGAGGCUUUCAUAUGGAGUGCUGUGACCCCCCUCUCACCAGGAUGCCGAAAGGUAUGUGGAUAUGUCAAAUAUGCCGGCCACGGAAGAAAGGAAGAAAACUUUUACACAAGAAGGCAGCACAGAUAAAACGACGCUAUGCCAACCCAAUAGGACGUCCUAAAAACAGGUUAAAGAACCAAAACACAACAUCAAAAGGCCCCUUCAACAAAGUUCGAACUGGCCCUGGUCGGGGCCGGAAGCGCAAGAUCACACUAUCCAGCCAAUCAGCAUCAUCGGCCGAAGGAUACCUGGAACGGCUAGAUGGCCUGGAAUUCUGCAGAGAUAGUGGCACCACCUUGAAAUUUAACAAGAAAACCAAAGGGCUUAUUGAUGGCCUUACCAAAUUCUUCACUCCUUCCCCUGAUGGGCGGAAAGCUCGAGGGGAAAUGGUGGACUAUUCUCAGCAAUACAGAAUCAGGAAAAAGGGAGCCAGAAGAUCUAGCACUUCAGAUUGGCCUACAGACAAUCAGGGUGGCUGGGAUGGAAAACAGGACAAUGAGGAACGGCUUCUUGGGAGCCAGGAUGACAUGAUUGAAACAGAUAUGGAGUUGUUCCGAGACAUUCAGGAACAAGCGUUGCAGAAAGUAGGAGUGACAGGGCCCCCUGAUCCACAAGUCCGCUGUCCUUCGGUUAUCGAGUUUGGGAAGUAUGAAAUCCACACCUGGUACUCUUCCCCAUAUCCACAGGAAUACUCCAGGCUACCUAAAUUGUACCUUUGUGAAUUCUGUCUAAAGUAUAUGAAAAGUAGAACUAUCCUCCAGCAGCAUAUGAAGAAGUGUGGCUGGUUUCAUCCUCCAGCCAAUGAAAUUUACAGAAAGAACAAUAUUUCAGUCUUUGAGGUUGAUGGCAACGUCAGUACCAUUUACUGCCAGAACCUGUGUUUGCUGGCAAAACUCUUCUUGGACCACAAGACACUCUAUUAUGAUGUGGAGCCAUUUCUUUUCUAUGUGCUAACACAGAAUGAUGUGAAGGGCUGCCACCUUGUAGGCUAUUUCUCAAAAGAGAAGCACUGCCAACAGAAGUACAACGUUUCCUGUAUAAUGAUUCUUCCCCAGUACCAGCGUAAGGGCUAUGGCAGAUUCCUCAUUGACUUCAGCUAUCUGCUAUCAAAGCGUGAGGGCCAAGCAGGGUCCCCAGAGAAGCCAUUGUCUGAUCUGGGCCGUCUCUCAUACAUGGCUUAUUGGAAAAGUGUAAUAUUGGAGUGCCUUUAUCAUCAAAAUGACAAACAAAUCAGCAUAAAAAAGCUAAGCAAACUCACUGGAAUCUGCCCUCAAGACAUCACUUCCACUCUCCAUCACCUACGAAUGCUUGACUUCCGCAAGGACCAAUUUGUUAUUGUUCGUCGGGAGAAGCUUAUCCAGGAUCAUAUGACAAAGCUCCAGGUGAAUCUCCGGCCUGUAGCUGUAGAUCCAGAAUGUCUGCGCUGGACACCUGUUAUUGUUUCCAACACUGUAGUUUCUGAGGAUGAAGAGGAAGAGACUGAGGAAGGAGAAAAUGAAGAGCAGCAGCAGAAGGAACGAGAGGUGGUAAAAUCUGUAUUGUGGGAGAAGAAGGAACAAGAGCCUUAUUCUCUGAUGGAGAAUGAAAAAAAGCCAGUAAUUGUAAUUCCAGACAGUUCUACACGGCCCAAUAAGCAAGUUCUUCCCCUGGAUAAUCUUCCUGCAAACAGCCAGCCAUCUCGGAGAGGCCGAUGGAGCCGAAAAGGCAAAAAACUGCAAGAACCCUUUAGUGAGAAGGAACAGAAAUUGCUCAUGGAGGAUAAGUCAGCAGUCCCCAGUGGGCGAUGCAGUGAAUGCGAGGAGAAGUCAGCAGCCUCGCGGGGGCGCUGUGGGGAAUGUGAGGAGAAGUCAGCAGCCUCGCGGGGGCGCUGUGGGGAAUGCGAGGAGAAAUCUCCAGCCGCACGGGGGCGCUAUGGUGAAGAGGAGGAAAAAUCUGCAGUCCCUCAGGGACAGCCUGGCAAAGGUGAAAAGUCCUCAGCCCCACGAAGGCGAUACAGUGAAGGCAUGGAAAUGUGGAGGGGGCAGCUAAAGAACAGCACUGAGCUCCUGAAAUGCAGGUUCACAGAGGAGUGUGACAGAUUGCCCCGGCGAUAUAGUGACAGUGACAGGACUCUCCUGAGGUGCUUUAGUGAAAGUAGUGAAGAGGAGGAGGAUGAGCCUGUGAGUCCUCGUUCAGACUCUCCGCCUGUUCUCACCAAGCCAACUUUAAAACGAAAGGUAUGCGCUCCUGGUGUUCUCUCAUCUCUGGCUGCAAGCCGCAGUCGCAAGCACCACAAUAGUAGUGUUGUCACUGAAACAAUCUCUGAGACCACAGAGGUGUUGGAUGAACCUUUUGAGGACUCUGAUUCUGAAAGACCAAUGCCCCGGUUGGAGCCUACCUUUGAGCUAGAAGAGGAAGAGGAAGAGGACGAGAGUGAACUGUUCACUCGGGGGUACUUUCGCCACUUAGCCCCCCAAGAUACCCUUAGGCGCAGACCCUCCUCUAAGAGGAAGUCCAAAGAUGAAGAGGAGUCUGAUGACACUAAUGGCACCCCUACCUUGAAGCCAAUAUCUGUGCUCAGAAAGUGUGAAGCAAAGAUUUCUCCAUUUGAGGCAGAUACUUCCACACCCAUGAAAAAGAAGAAGGGAUGGCCCAAAGGCAAAAGUCGCAAACCUAUCCACUGGAAGAAAAGACCUGGUAGAAAGCCAGGGUUUAAACUGAAUCGGGAAAGGGUGCCAGUAGCUGCUCAGGAUGGGGGAGUUGAUGCCAUGGUAACUAAUUCAAAACCAGGACGUAAACCCAAAAUGCAGGAGAAAGAAGAGUCUCUUCAGAAGAAAGAAGAGCAGCCCCUCGCUGAGGAGAAGAAGGAGGAAGACAUGCAUAUUGGAACAGAGGAGGUGGGAGAGGGAGAAGAGGAAGAUGCAACUAGUAGUGAAGUGAGAGCAGUUUCUCCUGUGGACAGCAGCAGCAGUCCAGCAGCCAAUGUUAAGGAGCCUGAGGUGGAGGAAGAAGUAGAGGAGAAGCCACCGGUAUUAGAAGAACCAAGGCAAUCAGAAGAAGAACAGCAAGAAUUGGAAGAACCUGAGCAUGACCAUGAAGAAGAGGAUGAUGAAGUGGCAGUAGUUAUAAACCAAAAUGAAGACCAUGAUGCAGAUGAUGAAGAUGAUGGUCACCUUGACUCUGCGAAGAAGAAAGAAUUGGAGGAACUGCCAAUUAGGGAAGAAGUGAAGGAGGAGCCUGAUGUCCAGGAGUCUUUUUUAGAACCAAGCAUACAAAGCAGUAGAGAAGAGGUGAAGGGCAAAAAUGAGGCAGAGGCAGAUUCUGAGGAAGAGCAGGCUUCCCAUGAGACAUCAGUGGCCUCAGAGCAUGUCCCUGGCUCUGAAGAUGAUCAUGAAGAAGAGCAAAAUUCUAAAGAAAGGUUAAUUGAAUUAAAGGAAGAGGAAGAGAUUCCUCAUAGUGAACUAGAUCUGGAAACUGUCCAAGCAGUCCAGUCCUUGACGCAAGAGGAGAGUCAUGAGCAUGAUGUAGCGUACCAGGACUGUGAGGAAACUCUUGCAGCUUGUCAGAAUUUGCAGAGUUACACUCAAACAGAUGAGGACCCUCAGAUAUCAAUGGUUGAAGAUUGCCAUGCCUCAGAACACAACAGUCCAAUAUCCUCUGUUCAGUCCCAUCCUAGCCAAUCUGUACGUUCGGUCAGCAGUCCCAAUGUGCCUGCUUUGGAGAGUGGUUACACCCAGAUAAGCCCCGAACAAGGAUCCCUGUCCGCACCCUCUAUGCAGAACAUGGAGACCAGCCCCAUGAUGGAUGUGCCUUCUGUAUCAGACCACUCUCAGCAGGUGGUGGACAGUGGCUUCAGUGACUUGGGCAGCAUUGAGAGCACCACAGAGAACUACGAAAACCCCAGCAGUUAUGACUCCACCAUGGGAGGCAGCAUUUGUGGAAAUAACUCUUCCCAGAGCAGCUGCUCCUAUGGGGGGUUGUCCUCCUCUAGUAGCCUCACUCAGAACAGUUGUGUUGUCACUCAGCAAAUGGCAAACAUCGGCAGCAGCUGCAGCAUGAUGCAACAGAGCACUGUCCAGCCUGCUGCAAACUGCAGCAUCAAGUCACCUCAGAGCUGCGUGGUAGAAAGGCCUCCAAGCAACCAGCAACCAGCCCCCCAGCCGCAGCAGCAGCAGCAGCCUCAGCCGCAGCAGCCUCAGCCCCCACCCCCACCCCAGCAGCAACCUCCACUGUCUCAGUGUAGCAUGAAUAAUAGUUUCACCCCCGCACCGAUGAUCAUGGAGAUACCUGAAUCUGGCAGCACUGGCAACAUAAGUAUCUAUGAGAGGAUCCCAGGAGAUUUUGGUGCUGGGAGCUACUCUCAGCCAUCAGCCACAUUCAGUUUAGCCAAGUUGCAGCAGCUGACAAACACCAUUAUGGACCCUCAUGCCAUGCCUUAUAGCCAUUCUCCUGCUGUGACUUCCUAUGCAACCAGUGUUUCUCUGUCCAACACAGGGUUGGCUCAGCUAGCUCCAUCUCAUCCAUUAGCUGGGACGCCGCAAGCACAAGCCACCAUGACACCCCCACCAAACUUGGCCUCCACCACCAUGAACCUCACAUCCCCUCUUCUUCAGUGUAACAUGUCUGCCACCAACAUUGGGAUCCCACAUACGCAACGGUUGCAGGGGCAAAUGCCAGUUAAGGGGCAUAUUUCCAUUCGUUCCAAAUCCGCACCACUGCCCUCUGCAACAGCACACCAGCAGCAGCUCUAUGGGCGCAGCCCACCAGCAGUUGCCAUGCAGGCUGGCCCUCGUGCGCUAGCUGUUCAGCGAGGUAUGAACAUGGGGGUUAACUUGAUGCCAACUCCCCCCUACAAUGUCAAUUCCAUGAAUAUGAACACCCUGAAUGCCAUGAACAGCUACAGAAUGACACAGCCCAUGAUGAACAGCAGUUACCAUAGUAACCCUGCCUACAUGAACCAGACAGCACAGUAUCCUAUGCAGAUGCAGAUGGGAAUGAUGGGGAGCCAGGCCUAUACCCAGCAGCCUAUGCAGCCAAACCCUCAUGGAAACAUGAUGUAUACUGGCCCCUCCCAUCACAGCUACAUGAAUGCUGCUGGGGUGCCCAAGCAGUCGCUCAAUGGACCGUACAUGAGAAGAUGAGCGAGAUGAACUUGCAACCUAAAAACUUAAAUAUAUAUAAAUAAAGGAACCUUUUAUACUGACGAACCAGAGAAAACGGACCUUUUUCCAGUUAAAAAUGUUGCUGUAGAUUUAGAGGGUUUUUCUUUGGUUUAUUUUAUUUUCUAGGAAGCCUGGUCUUUAUUCUUUUUUCGUUUGUUCAUUUUGGGUUUUUGUUUCCUUCAGAAUCCUGAACCAUUUUACAGCUGAAAUAAUUUUAAAACGGUUUUAGGGGGAAAACGUGCACAAGAUUUUUCAUAAUUUAAAAGAGCCUUACUUUGCUGACCACACAGAAUAUGUUUAACAGUGAAUCAUCUUUUUAAAUUUUAUUUUCAAGUGUAUGUUCCCCACCCCUUCCUCUUCUUCCCCAUGCCCCUUUGUGUGCAGCUCUCAGGGCUGCAGUCAUUACAAUGUCCGACAUCUCAAAAGGUAACAAAACCCAUCCCUCUAGUCCCCCCCUUGCAUUUCCUACUUAAGUCCAGCAAGAGGCACUUAUGGGAGACUUAGAAGGGGUCAUGGAGGACAAACACUUUAUUCCAAUGAGGCAGGAAAAAUUCUCUUAACUUUCUGAUCCUCCUGCCCCACCAUACAAUUGGGAAUAAGAGGUAAACAUAAAAUUUUCUAACACUGUCUUUAUAGAUUAAUUGAAAUACAGUCUGUCUGUUUUAUUCUGGAAGUGUAAUGUCACUUUAAAAUAUUCCCAUCCGGUGCGCGCGCGCACACACACAUAUACACACACACACUGUCGGUCUGAACUAGCAUUAGCAUCUCAAAGGAGAACUGUAUGGAACCCUAAUUCAGCCUCCAGAAGUAUAAGAGAGAGUUUCUGUGCAUCAGAAAGACAGAAAAUGGCUACAGGGUCUUGUUUUGACCACUUGCUAAUUGGCCAUAACUCUUGAAAUCCCAAACUCUUCUUGAAUAUCUGCUUUGAAAUGCUAAGGGUCUUGGUUCUGAGCCUUUCAGUUUGAGCUCAAGAGCCUGUAGUCUGCCUCUAAGUUCCUUUACUCACAUAGUCUUGGAAGAUGAAGCGUAAGUGACAAGAAAUCUACCAAGUCUUUGUCAGUAUUCCAUUCUGGUGAGUGUGCCCUACUUUCAGGGGAGUGCUGGUGUUAAAACAGGCACAUUACUGCUAUCCUGGGUUCUUUUGAGACAAUUUCCUAGGAAGUUCCUCACCUCUGAGUCAGUGUGUGGGAAGCAGAGGGAAUUUCAACUCCUUGCAAGGGAGGGAAUGGGAGUGGGACAGUCAGCACACCACAGUGGGACCUAGUCAGCUGGAUUUUGUAGUGUGCUUGUGCACACCAUCCUCUUUCUGCUAUGCAACUGUGUAGCUCUAGAGCGACUGACUGCACCUGUUAGCAUGCCAUCAGCUGCAAAAAGAAGAGAGAGGAAUUACCCUUUCGUGUAAAGUUCUCUCUUAUUGUCUAUUCUCUAGAGAUAUUGACAGUAAUAAAACAAAAAAUCCAAAUGAAGGUUUGAGGGUUCUUCAGAUGCACUAAAAUGAACUUCUCCAAUAACUGCCAAAUAUAAAAAGGCAGAAUUCCAAGGACUUCCACUCCUUAUUCCUUUGUUUGGAGCACGUGUGAGGCUGUGUAGGACUCCAUUUCUCUGUAUAUACUAUUCAGGUUCUAAAUCAUCCAUGUAGAAAGCGCACUGUGCUGCCCUCUUCUUCCUAGAUCUUCAGCUGUCAUUGCUUUGUGGUUGCGGGAGAGGGAGCAGAGGGCAGGGAGAGAAAGGGUUAAAGACAGGAGGAGAAGCUGUUGAAAUGAGGGCAGUGAAGUUUGUUUGUUUGCUGUUAUGUUUGGUUUGGUUUUUGUAUGUUUUUUUAAUCAAUUGGGCAGCUCCCUUUUCCACAAACCUUUGUGACUGUAGAACUAUUGUAGAAAAAAAGUUCUUUUCUAUAUUAUAAAAAGAAAUUAUCCAACGCAGUAAUAUUGGUACCUACCAUUUUUUCACUUCUGUUUAAAAAAAUGUAUUUUUAGCAAGAUAACUUGGGUAAUCUUCUAAAAGAAAUUUAAAAAAAAUCACUGUUAGUGACUUUGAUGCCUUUUAAAAUAAGAGCUUUUUCAUUUCAUUCCAUCUUUAAAAUUUUUUAUCUUUGUUGUAGAAUAUUAAAAACUAUUUUAAGAAAGAUAAAAAUUCUCUUUAAAGAGAUCUCUAGAGUGUGUGAAUAGAGCUCCAGAUGCCUCUAAAAGCCGCAUGUACAAAUGAAGCUAAGUCUAUUCCUGUCUGUUUAUAUUUGCUUUUCCUGUUUUGUAACCUCUUUGUACUUUGUUCAUGGUGACUUGUAAGCUAAGGGGAAGGGAGGCCUUGGAUGCCUUUGUAAUUCUAUCUGUGUUACGCUCCUGGCUGGCUGGCCUCCCUUCUUCUCCUUGUAUGUAAUAUCACUUUUUUUUCCCUUUCUAGCAAGUACUUUCAAAAGAACUCUGUACAUUUUAACAUAAAAAUAAAUUAUGUUGAGCCAUUUUGGAUGUCUGUUGU